CGGUGGUGCCUGUUGUCUAAUCUAGCGGUGGUGUCUGUGGUCUAAUCUAGCGGUGGUGCCUGUGGUCUAAUCUAGCGGUGGUGUCUAAUCUAGCGGUGGUGCCUGUGGUCUAAUCUAGUGGUGUUGCCUGUUGUCUAAUCUAGUGGUGGUGCCUGUUGUCUAAUCUAGUGGUGUUGCCUGUUGUCUAAUCUAGUGGUGUUGUUUCAGGACUACUGGAAGUGCUCAAAGUGUGAGGAGUUGAACCCUCCCCUCCCCCGAAACUGCAACCGCUGCUGGACGCUAAGAAUGGACUGGUUUCCCGAUUCUGACAGCAACUCUGCUGCCCCCAACCUCAAACCCUUACCCCCCAAGCCUACCCCAGCCCCGACAGAGCCUGACGAGACCGAAGGUCUGGAUGUUCCAGACGGGAAGAGAGCCAGGUCGCCCCUUCCCCUCCUCAAAGACUCCCAGGAAUUGAUGUCCGUCUCUGGCCCCGAUUCCCAAGACUCGGCCUGCUCCUCCCAGCCCUCCACCUCUUCUUCGAACUCCAACGGUGUGGGCUCAGGCUCGUCCUCUAGCGCCCCCCUCAGUCAAGAAGUGAUGGCACCAGACUUGGAGCGUUUCAACAGCCUGGAGGCUCACCUCCCCGCCAGCUGCCUGGAGCCCUGCGUCAUCUGUCAGACCAGGCCCAAGAACGGCUGCAUUGUACACGGACGCACAGGGCACCUCAUGGCCUGUUACACCUGCGCCAGGAAACUGAAGAAGAGGAACAAGCUGUGUCCUGUCUGCAGGCAGCCUAUCCAGUCUGUCGUCUUAAUUUAUCUCAGCUGAGGACGGCUAUCGGCUAGACUGUACAUUCCAAAUAAGCAGUCUAUUCCCUAUGUAGUGUGCACUACUCUCAACCAUGGCCCCAAUAGGACUCUGGUCUAAAGUAGUGCACUAUAUAGGGAAUAGGAUGUAACCCAUAGCUACACAACUCCCUGUUCCUCAAAAACAACUUAAAUCCUGAAUGAAUAAAUGUUUUAAUUUUGUUUAUUUGGAAGUGAUUUUAUUUAUGAACAAGAGUUUGUUGACUCUAUCAAACAAGGUGCCUGUUGUUGUUGUUGUUGAUUUCUAGUGUUCAGUCAAAUAGCCUUUCUAGUUUUUCAAAUGGAUUAAAUUCUCUGUGGUGAAAUAUUCAAUAUAUUUGAUAAAAUAAAGAAUGUCUAGCAAAUUAA